GAAAAGCCCCGCAACGACGCUGUCAAAGUAAACAGUAAUGUAGUCUAUGCUGUGGACCGGCUGUGUCCUCGCAUGAAAACGAAUCACCAUCUUAUGAAGAUCAAUUUGUCCAUCAAUUUUGGAUCUGCCAGUCAAGUGAAAUGGCUGAGGCGGCACUUCAAGAUCUUUAUCAGUGCUCUGUGUGUCUAGAUACACUAAAGGACCCGGUCACUACACCCUGUGGACACAGUUAUUGUCAGAAAUGCAUCAGCGAUUACUGGAAUCAGGCACCUCAGACAGGUGUGUAUAGUUGUCCUCAGUGUAGAGAGAAAUUCAGCCCAAGACCUGCUCUGAAGAAGAAUACUGUCUUGACUGAGCUGAUAAGCCAAAUCAAGAUUUCUUCUGCUGGACUGUCCUAUGCUGAACCAGGAGACGUGGAGUGUGACGUCUGCACAGGGAGAAAGCUCAAGGCUGUCAAAUCCUGUUUAGUAUGUCUAGCAUCUUUCUGUGACACCCAUGUCCAACCUCACUACAAAGCACCUGCCUUCAAAAGGCAUGACCUCAUUGAAGCAUCUGCACACCUCCAAGAGAAGCUCUGCCCUAACCAUGGCCGUCUACUCGAGAUGUUUUGCCGCACAGAUCAGACGUGCAUCUGCAUGUUGUGCACUACAAAUGACCACAAAGGCCAUGACCUGGUCUCAACAGCCGCUGGAAGUCAGGAGCAGAAGAUAACUCUGGGGAAGGUGAGGAAGACUUCAAUGGACCAAAUUCAGGAGAGAGCGAAGAAGCUGAGUCAGCUGAAAAAUGCUUUAGUGUUUCAUCAGCGAUCUGCUGACACAGCAGUUCACCACAGUGCAAGGAUCUUCAGUGAGUUACUGCAGUUCCUCAUAUCAAAGGGCACCGAGCUGAAUGAGAUGAUCAGAGACCAGCAGGGGGCAGCAGUUAGCCGAGCUGAACCUGUCAUCAAGUGUCUGGAACAGGAGAUCGCUGAGCUGGAGAAACAGCAGGAUGAUCUGGAGCAGUUGUCACGUGAGGAGGAUCACGUCCAGUUUCUCCAGAGUUUUAUGACUCUCUUACCAACUCUGAAGUCUACACAUGCACUUAGUACAACUACCAGUCCAAGCCUUUCAUUUAAUGAUCCCAGUGGUUCUCUCUCUGUCUUCAAAGAAGAGAUGGAACAACUUUGCAAGCGUCAUGUGAAGGAAAUAACCGUGAGGCUUCAGGAUCCUCUUAGAGAACCAGUAUGCGGGUCCAAACCAUUAGUGCCUAACCAUUGGCUUCGAUAUGACCGGGAGUUUUUACUGGCUUUUCAGUUUAUGCCACCUUGUUUGCAGAAGCCACAUGGACUACCACAAAUCAGUAACGUGGUGCUGGACAAUGCUACACAUCCAAAAUGUUCUCUCUCCAUCCUCAAAGAAGAGAAGGAACAAUUCUGCAAGAUGGAAAUACCAGAUUGCCACCAGGAGCCCCUCAGAGAACCAGUGUGUGGGUCCAAACCAUUGGUGCCCAACUGUAGGUUUCAAUAUGGCCGGGAUUUUCUACUGGAACCAUUGCUGCUGGCUACAUCAAGGCGUGACAUGGAGUUCCUACAGUCUUUGCAGGAUGACAUUGAUCUAAACAAGGCAGAAAGCCCCUGGAAGCCCAGCAUGAUGAGAAAGGUGGCCAGAGAGACCUUCAAUGACCCUGAGGCUUUGAAGACAGAGGAGCUGUUCUGCAAGGUCCGCAGCAUCCUCAACAAACUGAUGCCACAGACCUUCCAAAAGCUGAUGAAGCAGGUGUACCAGCUGACCAUCGACACGGAGGAGCGGCUCAAGGGCGUCAUUGAGCUCGUCUUCGAGAAGGCCAUCGGCGAGCCCAACUUCUCCGUGGCCUACGCCAACAUGUGCCGCUGCCUGAUGGGACUGAAGGUGCCCAUUACGGACAAGCCCAGCACCACGGUCAACUUCCGCAAGCUGCUGCUGAAUCGCUGCAAGAACGAGUUUGAGAGGAACAAGGCAGAUGGCGUGCUGUUCGAGCGCAAGCAGAGAGAGCUGGAUUCAUCAGUGAAGCCACUUUCUCCCUCUCUCUUUCUCAUAUCUACGGAGCGCGAGCGUCUGCAGGAAGAGCUGGUGGAGGCCAAGGACAAGGCCCGCCGGCGCUCCAUCGGCAACAUCAAGCUCAUCGGCGAGCUCUUCAAGCUCAAGAUGCUGACAGAGCCCAUCAUGCACGACUGCGUGGUCAAGCUGCUGAAGAGGCACGACGAGGAGAGCCUGGAGUGCCUCUGCAGCCUGCUCACCACCAUCGGCAAGGACAUGGACCAUGAGAAGGCCAAGCCUCGUAUGGAUCAGUACUUCCACGCGAUGGAGCGGAUCAUCAAUGAAAGGAAGACAUCAUCACGGAUACGCUUCAUGCUGCAGGAUGUCAUCGACCUCAGAAUGCGCAACUGGGUGUCUCUGCAGAGGGAUCAAGACAGGUAGCAGGUUAAGAAGACAUCAGACAUCAAGAGAAUAUCAGGAGUGCUUUACCCAAACAGAUCAGUGCUACCAGCAGCUGACCUAUGUGUAAGUGAGUUAUCACAAGGGAUGUGUUCGGAAAAAAAUGAAUAUAUAUACACUCACCGACCACUUCAUUAGGAACACCUCUCUAGUGCUGGGUUGGACCCCCUUUUGCCUUCAGAACUGCUUGAACUGCCUGCAACAAUACUCGGGUAGGCUGUGGCAUUCCAACAAAGAUAAAUUGGUGCUAAUUGGCCCAAAUUGUGCUACAAAAAUAUCCUUAUGCCAUUAUAUCCCCAGCCUGAAACGUUGAUGUAAGGCAGGGUUGACCAAUGUUUUCUUGUUGUUGACCCCAAAUUCUGACCAUUCCACGUGAGUGUCAUCAGACCAGGAAACAUUUUUUUCUAAUUUUUAGUGUCGUUUACGGUUAGCCUGUCCAAAUUGUUGCCUCAUUUUCCUGUUCUUGAUUGACAGGAGUGGCACCAAAAUCUGGUUUUCUGUUGCUUUAGCCCAUUUACCUGAUUCUCUUAUGCACACCUCGGUUGUAAUGAGUGGUUAUUUGACUUAGUAUCAGCUCAAACCAGUCUGGUCAUUCUCCUCUGACCUCUGCCAUCAAUAAGGCAUUCCACAGAAUCGCUGCUCACUGCAUUUUUUUCUUUUUCAUACCAUUCUUUGUAAACCCUAGAGAUUGUUGUGUGUGAAUAUCUCAGUAGGUCAGUCUUUUCUGAAAUACUCAAAUCAAGCCCUUUUUGCUUGACAGCCAUGCCAUGUUCAAAGUCAUUUAAAUAACCUUUCUUUCCCAUUAUGAUGCUCGUUUUGAACUGCAUCAGAUCAUGUCGACCUUGUCUACAUGUAUAAAUGCAUUGAGUUGCCACCAUGUGAUUGACUGAUCAGAAAUUUGCCUCAAUGAGCAGUUGUUAUAGGUGUUCUAAUAUAGUGGCCGGUGAGUGUAUAUGGGUGGGAGACGUGACGCCUUGUUUUUUCGUAACAUUGGUUAAAAACCUACAAAACUGUUAUUUUUCCUUUAAAAAACAAAUGUCAAUGAAAGAAGAUGUGGUACAUUAUGUUUCAUAUUAGUCUUAGAUGAGAAGAAACAUUUUUGUUAAGAUUUAUGUAAAGGUUUAUAUGUCAAAUAUCCUGCGGUGUGACUGUAACAUUAAUGAAACCUGGAAUAUAUAUAUAAAUUAACCAACAACAUUUUGAAUAAUGUAUGAAGCAUUUGGCAUGAUUGC